GCACGAGAUGACCAAGGCCGAGGAGUUGCCCGAAUUUGAGCCAAAGAAGGUCGCAAGCCUGUAUUCGAGGAUGACCGACGUCUUGAAGGCCAUCUCCGAGUUCUUCAAUGACGUGCUUCCGCGAAUGGAUUACGAGGAGGAUGCAACCGCUGCAAACGCGGGGACGGAUUCGCAUCAUCCUCUGCAUCGUCUGCUGUUCCUUCGGGGCAUACGCGCAGUUCAUGACAAAGUUUCCGCAGGACCGCCGGCCGCUGGGAUGGCAUGUUAUUUUGCUUUCAGUGGGAUAUUGACACUUAUCGACUACAAGAUCAUAAAGACAUCGGUGAUGUGCAUGAGACUGAAUGGCGACGCCGUGUUUCUCGAUGUCACCAUGCCCGCCUUCAGCCACGAGGUCACGCUCGGGCUGAGGUCGCGCAACAAGCAGGUAACGGCGAAGGGGAGCAUCGCCAGCUACUUCGACUGUGCGGGAUACCUGUCGUCGGAGAGCCUGAUGUCCGAGUUCACCGCCCUCGUGUCGAAGUACGAGAAGGAGGCCGCGUUGACGAAGAAGGACAAGAAGGCGUAG